UAUCAUCCUGGCCAUAGCAGUGGGAUCCCAACACAGGGCAGAAAGUUCUCCUGUCGACAACAAAAUGACGAAAAGGGCAGUUCCAGCCUUUCUGGCAGCAGCAGCGAAAGAAAUAGGAGGAAAAGUCGUCAGCCAGCUUGGCGACAGGAUCGCGGACGGUGUAGUGGAGAACCACCAGGAGAAGGUUGUGAGCGGUCUGCAGGACUACCUGGGGAAACAGAUGGACAAGUUCGACGAUGAGUACAAAGAACUGCUAAAGGACACCAAUGGGCUGGCAGCGGGUUUGAACCGGCCGGUAGAGGAGGCGGACAUCCAGCUUGUUCCUAGGCCAGGGGCCACGAUGGGUAACAUGUAUGCACCACCAGGCUGGGAGAUCCGACAUAAGUACAAGUACAAGGAUGACGGGGAUGAAGACAAUGUUAGUUCCACUGGAGAGGCAACAGCCUACACCUACCCAGCCGGACUAGGACCAGUUCUGAUGAACGGCUGUUUCGGGACAGGCUAUAAGAAUGGAGACCCCUGCUGGAAGGCCAAAAUACCAAGAACAGGCUGUCCGAACCUAAUUGACGGCGCAACCUACCUCGGCGUUGGCUUCGACGGAAGAGUACCCGAUUCCAUGACAGUGCAAGGCAUAUACGACACAGAAGCAGAAUCCUACACCUUUAGUUCAACUGAAGAAUACAGGAAAUAUCUUGCGGAGAAAUCGGCCGUCACUUCUGCCAAGGCCAUGUUCCAGGAAGAGAUCAACAAGGCUUCUGGACACAGAGCAGGGGGUGGACCGUUUGGACUCAUUUUCUCAGUAGGAGGAGGAGAAUCCAGUCAGAGGGGCUCAUCCAUCCAAUCAUCAGGCUUUAGUGCCAGCUCCUCUGCCAGCGCUCGGCUUAGUGAGAACCGGACACAAAUUUUCAUGGCCAUGCUGGAAAUAAACAUAUUCAGAUAUGAGAUCUUCAUGGACGACGUGACGCCGGAACGGUUAAACGUGGGCUUUCUACGAGAUUUCAUUUUCCUGCCUGAGUCCUACUUCUCUCCCGGUGCAGAAAUUAUUUUCCAAAACUUCUACAUCCGCUGGGGAACACACUACAUCAAGUCAGCCAAAUUUGGAGGCCAGCUGAAGAUCAUCAAAACAAAACAAGCUACACAGGACCUGUCGAUGUCUGAAUUCGCGACUAGAGCCGAGGCUGACUGGAAGAUGACUCUUAGCACCUUCGCAGCGCAGGCGUCACAGACCAAGUCCAGUAGCUGGUUUCACGAUCAAGAGUCGAAGACUGAAUCACAACAGUCUUCUGGACAUGCAGCUUCUGGUUCUGCAUCACAGGCAAACAGACAGAAAGAGAAGCAAGCAUCAUCACAGGAGUACAGUCACGAGGAGCUGGUGGUUCAAGGCGGAGACCAGAAGAUCGCCGCUGCCAUCACGGAGAUGUACACGACAGCCCUAACAACAGAGCUGAAGGACUGGUUAGAGUCCAUUAACGACUACCCCAAACCCUUCUCCUUUGUGUUGAGGCUGGUCUCAGAUCUACUGAACAUCCCCUUCGUCUCGCUCUUCCCUGCAGGAGAUGUGGACUAUGGCUGCCUUGGUAAGAGGAAUUUAAAGACGGAAGUGGGAACUGGGAGAAAAUAUUACACACAAAAGACAACAAAACCAGAUGUUGGUGAGAAGGGAACUAAGAAUGGGACUAAAACGGUGACGGUCACUGAGAUCCGUUAUUGUAAUUUUAAAGACCGUAAAGCCCUUGAGGACAGCAUGACCAAGAGGAGGCUGGCGCUUCAACGUGCUGUUACAGUGUAUCUGGAAGAGGGUCGUAUCCUGAGUUCAGACUUCCUCCUGCCCGCUGGAGAGGCAGGCUGUGAAACCGCCAUGUUGGCGUUCCUUCAGGAAGACAACACCGGCGUGCCCACAUGGGAAGACAUGACCGGAGGACAAGAGUUUAUGGUCGUGUUUGACAUGCCGUACGACAUCCCAGGGAUUCUUCGGGCUCAAGACGUGGUGACGCUGAAGUUCUUCCGUCACAAGUGGUUCUCCACCAGGAAAGGGUUUGUGCCCCAUCUGUAUGAUGGCUAUAAAAACGGGGGAAGCGAGGACGUCCAGGCGAAAAAGGUCAGCGUUCAGGGGCUUGUCAUGACGUAUGAUGAGGGAACAGGUGUCUUCACGGUGACGGAGAACGACUUUAAAGCCUCAGCUAAACUACUGACAGACUUACCAGACUGGGUAAGCAAUCGUGAGGUCGCCAGAGCCGAGUACAAACAACUACUCAACCACUUAAGCCAGAAAAGUGACACAGUGGGAGAUGUACCGUGUUCCAUCCAAUGGUCCAACGCGCAUCGCUUUGAUCCGACCGAUGGAGGAAAGUGUAUCCACUUCACUGCAGCAUCAGAGGGCGACAUCUUUGUUGUGUUUGCCAGCAUCCCGCAGAACUACGAGACCUGGAUAUAUGUACAGAUCACACCCGAGGGAGUGGCACUGUAUAAGGCCAUGCGGCUACAAAAAACCCAGCUGGUUGACAACGCUGGCGGUCUGGGUUCGGCAACCCUGUACCAGUCGUACUUUGUCUGUGUGACUGAAGAUGUGGACGAGAAGAAAACAGUCGUCCAAUACGGCAAGACGCCUGACAACGAGGAGCGUCCCCAUGUCUGGUUGAGUUUUACUUUCAACGAGGUGGCGUCCCUGCGGUACUACUCCUUCGGCAGUGGGGAGUCUCCUGUCAAGGUGAUGGGACUGUCACUGCUGGACAAGCCGGCAAAGGAAUUCAUCUGCCGGGAAGGGACGGAGAGGAUCAACGGGGACUGUAAACAAAAAUGUCACCCCGAGUGUGAAGGAUGCCGCACAAGUGGAUCCAACUCCCCAACUGACUGCAUCGCCUGUAAACAUCUGAAGGUGACCUACCCCUACAGAGAGGGACAGACUGGUGAUUUCGAAUGCGUCGCGCAGUGUCCGCAGCACAUGAAGUCUGACAAUGCUACAAAAACAUGCUCAUGCAUUAAGAGGAUGGACGAAACCCGCCCUGGUGGUGUUGUGACAUGCGUAACGGAGUGCCCUCUGACACACUUUGUUGACAACAUUACCGUGUGCAAAAAGUGCAGCAGCUUCUGUAAAGACGUGACAAAUGAAGGAAAAAGGAUCUGCUCAGGACCCGCUACAGACGACUGUGACACCUGCAAGUAUAAGAAUAGGAGACGUUGUGUGAAAGGAUGUAGACCUGGGCAGAAAGCAGUUAGAGAUGAUAAAAAUGCCUUCACCUGCCUCCCAUGUCGUCCCGGCCAUGAAUGUAAGCUGGGGGACGAGCGGGAAGACAUCUGUCCAGCGGGAACGGCCAGUAACGACGACAGGACAAUGUGCGUGCCGUGUGCAGCAGGGGAGUUCAGCAGCGCUCCGGGAGCGGAGUCCUGUCAAGGCAUUGACUCGUGCUCUGAUGUGAAGUCCCUACUACCGCGAGCCUCGGACGGAGAGUACACAUUUCGCCCAUUUCCAACGAACAAGGAUGUAUCCCUCCGCAUCUAUUGUUACAACAUGGCAUCAGGGAACCCAAAGGAGUUCUUGUCCCUACCAUCGGGUCCUAAUGAGAACUUUGCCCAUGUCUAUCCUUAUAGACUUCUGACUGCAAAACAAUGCAAUGGAUUAACAACGAGGGACUAUGACUAUGCAGGAACUACGAAGUUUAGCAAGCUAAGAAUCAAGUUUGAUAAGUCCAGGAUCGAGGUUAUUCGAGAUGACUACACCUUUGCACGGACUACUGGUGCGUACAAGUUUGAUAUAAAAUUCGGACACGCUGGAGACUGCUAUUCAGCAUUACAGGGAUGUGCUAAGGGAAAGUUUAAGGUGAAUCUGACUGGGACAAAACUCAAACUGGCAAACGUCGAAUGGAAGUUAAACGAACACUGGCCAGAAAAUCUGCAAAUCUCUGACAUGACAAAGUCCGAUGAUGGAAAGAUUGCCUCUGCCAGGUGUGGUGGAUAUUGUGCGACCUGCGACCCUGUGGGAGGGAAAAUAUACCUUAUACACGUUCUGCAGAGCUCCUCCAUGGAGCUUGCUCGUGCAACCCUCAGUUCUGCAGAGCUCCUCCAUGGAGCUUGCUCGUGCAGUCCUCAGUUCUGCAGAGCUCCUCCAUGGAGCUUGCUCGUGCAGUCCUCAGUUCUGCAGAGCUCCUCCAUGGAGCUUGCUCGUGCAGUCCUCAGUUCUGCAGAGCUCCUCCAUGGAGCUUGCUCGUGCAGUCCUCAGUUCUGCAGAGCUCCUCCAUGGAGCGCCGCGAUACCCCCACAGAGCUCUGCGACAAAACAUGUCAAUUCGUUGAGGGACUAUGACUAUGCAGGAACUACGAAGUUCAGCAAGCUAAGAAUCAAGUUUCAUAAGUCCAGGAUCGAGGUUAUCCGAGAUGACUACACCUUUGCACGGACUACUGAUGGGCGAGAUAUAAAAUUCGGACACGCUGGAGACUGCUAUUCAGCAUUACAGGGAUGUGCUAAGGGAAAGUUUAAGGUGAAUCUGACUGGGACAAAACUCAAACUGGCAAACGUCGAAUGGAAGUUAAACGAACACUGGCCACAAAAUCUGCAAAUCUCUGACAUGACAAAGUCCGAUGAUGGAAAGAUUGCCUCUGCCAGAACCUGUAAAAAUCGCGAGGAAAGUAAUAAUGCUGCGCUGGGCACGAGGUUGUCUAGUGACCAGUGCAGAGCUCCUCCAUGGAGCUUACUCGUGCAGUCCUCAGUUCUGCAGAGCUCCUCCAUGGAGCUUGCUCGUGCAGUCCUCAGUUCUGCAGAGCUCCUCCAUGGAGCUUGCUCGUGCAGUCCUCAGUUCUGCAGAGCUCCUCCAUGGAGCUUGCUCGUGCAGUCCUCAGUUCUGCAGAGCUCCUCCAUGGAGCUUGCUCGUGCAGUCCUCAGUUCUGCAGAGCUCAUCCAUGGAGCUUGCUCGUGCAGUCCUCAGCUCUGCAGAGCUCCUCCACGGAGCUUGCUCGUGCAGUCCUCAGUUCUGCAGAGCUCCUCCACGGAGCUUGCUCGUGCAGUCCUCAGUUCUGCAGAGCUCCUCCACGGAGCUUGCUCGUGCAGUCCUCAGUUCUGCAGAGCUCCUCCAUGGAGCUUGCUCGUGCAGUCCUCAGUUCUGCAGAGCUCCUCCAUGGAGCGCCGCGAUACCCCCACAGAGCUCUGCAACAAAACAUGUCAAUUCGUUGGUUGGCGUCCCAUAUAA